AUGUUACAAUAUGUGAACACCUAUCCAAUCAACAGUCAGGAUAAUACAACAUUUCAACCUGUCAUUCGUCUGACAAUGCAUCCUGCUGUAGGUGGAUUUCCUAGUGCUUGGGAAUUUACACUGAUUAUUGUGGUUGCAUUAUUGGCCAUUAGUUUUUUAGCUUCAGUGGGUAUGCAUUGGCACCUAUGGCGUAUUCGAAGGAGACAAAGAGCCAUGUUUGAAAAUGGUCUAUUGGAGAAUGCAACACCCAUCAUGCCUCAAAAAAAGACAAUUGAACCUGCUUCACUUGCCUUGUUUCCAACUCGUAUGAUUGGUGAUACACCACCACUUACUCGAGUAGAAUCCAGCCGCUCUGAACGAUCCUCUAAAGCUAUUGAGAAUGCAGAAACACUGGUAUCAGCCACUCUUCCUGUAGCCACAACACCGAAUACACCAGACGACGUAUGUGUGAUUUGUCUGGAUGAAUUUGUACUGGGAGAACAAGUAAGAAAACUACCUUGUGAUCAUGAAUACCAUUGUGAAUGUAUAGGUAAGGAUAAACUACUCACUUUAUCUAGUGUAUUUAAUAGAGAACCAUAG